GUCUGACACUGCCGAGCGAUGGCUCGGACUGCGCCGUGGCGCCUGGCGACAGCACCUGUUGCUGGCCUUGCAGGGCUGAUCUUUGAGAAGCGGCGUCCAAAGAAAAACCAUGGCCAUGAAGUCAGGUGCUGGUUCAGGAACGAGCCCGAGAAGAUGCAUCGCAAUCUAUGGGAGGAGUUUGGGGUGAAACGAGCCUCAUUGAAGAUUGGUGGUGACCUUGAGCUGGAAGCAUUGCCUACAGCAUUCCGAGCAGGGAAUGAUGAGGAUCUACACAGGAUCAGAAAUAUGCGCGGGGAGUGCAUCGACACUAAUUUGAAUCCUGGCCUGCGGGUUGAACCAAAUUUCAUCGAUGAGAAGGAAGAAGAGGAACUUGCUGAAGAAUUCAGGGAGAUUGUGGGCAAGUACGGGUUUUGCUUUGAUGCUGAGAUGGUGAAUGUGCACAUGGUGGACAGCACUGGGAAUAUCCAAGAGAUCGGCAGGAAUAGAUCCAAACGAGUGACAGGGCGCCCUGAAUCCCGUGAGGGUCAAAUGGGGAUCGUGGCACCAUGGGGCUAUGGUGCGGACCUGGACAUGAGUGAGUUGCCAAAGGCUGUGCACAAAAUCGUGCAGCGACUGCGCGACAAAGGAUACCAACUUGGCCCACUACGUGACUGUACCAUCAAUCACCGCACCGGCUCUUUUUUCAUGAUCCAUCCUCAUGUGGAUCCAUUGACUGAUGGCCCAAAUGUUUUUGUGCUGGGCAUCCUCAGCGGUGCAGUUCUAACCUUCACUCCUGAUGGUGUUGAUGGCAGAAGAGGCUUGGAAGUUGAAGAGAAGUCGUGGACGGACCAGGACCUCGACGUAAUAAUUAGACGUCGAAGUAUUGCAGCCUUCACCGGGGAUGCACGGUACAAGUGGAGACAUGGCAUUAGAGCUGGGAUGCAGCUGCAAGCCCCGGAGUUGGGCAAUCGCCCUGUGGUGUGUGACUUUUGGGGGUCGAUGAAAUAUAUACUGCCGCGGAAGGAUGAACGGUUCUCUCUUGUGCUCGCAUUUGCCGAUGCCUGAAAAUGACAACCUUAUUUGA